UUACGAUUAAAAUUCGCACUCGUUGAACGUAAAGUCUACGUAAUAUAUUGCCAUGAACAAUAUUUGUUACGAUGUUCCGGUAUCCGUAUAACGGAAUUGCUAAUUUGCCAUUGCCAUGUGACCCGCGGAAGAAAACAAACAUUUGACGUUUACGACUGCGUACGACUGAAGCUUCUGCUAGCUGUCAGUUUCAUCAAUUUUCUCGUGCUUGGCAAGAUACCAGACACUGCGUGUUAUAUACCGAACUUUAUCACCGAGGAGGAAGAGAAACAAAUUAUAAAAUACAUAAAUAGUGUACCACAACCAAAAUGGACGCAAUUGAGUCACCGUAGAUUGCAAAAUUGGGGUGGCAUACCACAUUCUAAGGGAAUGAUAGCGGAAGAGAUUCCUAGUUGGCUUCAGAAUUAUAUAGAUAAAGUAACAGCUUUGAAUGCUUUUGACAGUGCAGUAUUACCUAAUCACGUUUUAAUUAAUGAAUAUUUAUCAGGACAAGGUAUAAUGGCACACUCUGAUGGCCCACUUUUUUAUCCUGUUGUAACUACUAUCAGUUGUGGUUCUCAUACAUUUCUUGACUUUUACAAACGGCUCGACACGACAGAGCAACAACUGCCCAAGUUAGAAUUCAGCUUAUUAUUAGAACGCAGAAGUCUAUUAGUUUUACAAAAGGACUUAUAUCACAAUUAUUUGCAUUCUAUAGCUGAAAGAGAUGUCGAUAGUAUAUCAGAAUCUUCAAUAAAAAAUUUACAUAUGUGUACAGGAAAAUUUACAGAAGGAGAAAUAAUGAAACGUGGUACUAGACUGUCUUUAACUAUUAGACAUGUACCAAAAACUAGCAAAUUAAAAUUAAAG